AUGGCCCGCGGAGUGCAACUGAAGCAGGAACAGCUCCUGCCCGAACACCGACGCGGCAAGCGCGGCCACCACGUCGCCGACUUCACCGGCCGUGGCGGCAUCAAGGCGCCGGGAGCUGUUACUAUGGCAGGGUUCCUCAACACCAUCUUCAAUGGCAAGCGUGCCCAGUCCGUGGUGCAGUCGGUGUCACAGGUGCACCAGAGUCUGCUCGACUGCGUAAGCAGUGAAGGCUGGAGUUGUUAG